CUCUCCCCCGUUCUCUCUCUUCUUACAUCGUCCCCUGCCCUUCUUGAAGAAACAGAGCAACGAAAAACUCUGAAAAAAAAAUCGAAAUAAAGAAUGGCGUCUGCUCUGUUUCUCUGUUACAGAGUCCAUAAUGGCAUCUGAUUUCGAAAUUCGGAUCUAAAACUCACAGACCCUCUUCACCAAUGGCAACACCAGCAGCACCAGAGCCACCUCCAGAGGUCCUCUCAUGGCUCAAAACCCUACCGUUAGCUCCAGAGUACCACCCGACCCUAUCCGAGUUCCAAGAUCCCAUUUCCUACAUCUUCAAGAUCGAAAAGGAGGCUUCCAAGUUUGGAAUCUGCAAAAUCGUGCCUCCCGUGCCCCCUCCCCCGAAAAAGAGCGCAAUUGCGAACCUCAAUAAGUCUCUCGCGGCGCGCGCAACGUUUUCGAGCCCUAAAUCCCAAAAAACGGCACCCACAUUCACGACCCGGCAGCAGCAGAUCGGGUUCUGCCCGCGCCGGCACCGCCCCGUGCAGAGACCCGUGUGGCAGAGCGGCGAGUACUACACGUUUCAAGAAUUCGAAGCCAAAGCGAAGAGUUUCGAGAGGAAUUACUUGAAGAAGUGUCCGAAGAAGAGCCUUUCAGCUUUGGAAUUCGAAACCCUUUUCUGGAAGGCGUGUGUGGACAAACCCUUUUCGGUAGAGUACGCGAACGACAUGCCUGGGUCGGCUUUCGUGCCGGUGAAUGCGAAGAAGAAGGAUGCAGGGGAGGCUAUGAGUGUGGGCGAAACUAAUUGGAACAUGAGGGCGGUUUCUAGGGCUAAAGGCUCGCUGUUGAGGUUCAUGAAGGAGGAAAUCCCUGGCGUCACGUCGCCCAUGGUGUAUAUAGCUAUGAUGUUUAGCUGGUUUGCUUGGCAUGUUGAGGAUCAUGACCUACACAGCUUGAAUUACUUGCAUAUGGGGGCAGGAAAGACUUGGUAUGGCGUCCCCAGGGAUGCCGCAGUUGCGUUUGAGGAGGUGGUGAGGGUGCAAGGUUACAGCGGAGAGAUCAACCCUCUUGUUACUUUUGCUAUUCUUGGUGAGAAGACAACAGUUAUGUCACCUGAAGUAUUUAUCAGUGCAGGGAUUCCAUGCUGCAGGUUAGUGCAAAAUCCUGGGGAGUUUGUUGUGACUUUCCCUAGAGCCUAUCAUUCCGGGUUCAGUCAUGGAUUUAAUUGUGGAGAGGCAGCUAAUAUUGCAACUCCUGAAUGGUUGAGAGUCGCUAAAGAUGCUGCCAUACGUAGAGCUUCAAUCAAUUACCCUCCUAUGGUGUCUCAUUUUCAGUUACUCUAUGAUCUUGCGCUAGCCCUUUGUUCAAGUAUACCUAUGAGCAUCAGUGCUGAACCGCGGAGUUCCCGACUAAAAAAUAAGAAGAAGGGCGAGGGAGAAAGUGUAAUUAAAGAGCUUUUUGUGCAGGAUGUAAUAAAGAAUAAUGACCUGCUUCAAAUACUUGGGAAAGGGUCUCCAAUUGCACUUAUUCCCCAAAAUUGUUCUGACAUUUCUGCUAGGUCAAAUUUACGUGUUGGUUCCCAUAUGAAAUUAAACCCCAGACUGUCCCUUGGUUUAUGCAGUCCGGAGGAAGCAAUGAAAUCCUCAAAAAGUUUAAUUCCUGAUGAUAUGACAUUAAACAGGAAUAAAAGGGUCAAACAAUCGAAAGGUCUCUAUUCAAUGAGAGGAAAAUUUUCUUCUUCCUGUGAAAGGAAUGAGCUUCCAUCAUUUGCUAAAAAUGAUGAUGCUUGUACGUUCACUUCUCAAACACAGAAUGCAGACAUAAAAAAGGAAAGUGCAGCUCAAAUUAAUGGAGUGUCAGAACAGGGACUUUUUUCAUGUGUCACCUGUGGGAUUUUGAUCUUUGCCUGUUGUGCCAUAGUUCAACCAAGAGAAGCAGCUGCAAGAUACUUCAUGUCUGCGGAUUGUAGCUUUUUUAAUGACUGGGUUGUUAGUUCUGGAGUAACUAGUGAUGAGUUUGCUAGAGCCAGUGCGAAUGCUAAUACUUCAGAGCAGAAUUCUUCAGCUACAGGGUUAAAGGGAAAGAGCGUUCCAGAUGGUUUAUAUGAUGUUCCAAUUCAAUCAAGUGAUUUUCAGAUCCAAGCGGCAGACCAAAGUGUUGAAGUGGUUUCAGAUACUGAGACACGGGAAGGCACUUCUGCUCUUGGUCUAUUAGCAUUGGCAUAUGGGAAUUCAUCCGACUCUGAGGAAGAUCAGGCCGAACCAAAUAUUCCUGUUGUUGCUGAUGAGACUAACACAAGAGAUUGUUCAUCAGAAAGUAGAUUUCAGUGUGAUGAUUCCAAACUGCCUUCGCUUAAGCGUGACUCUCACGCUGGUGCAAAUGGGGGCUGCAGCCCCUCUUUUUCGAAGUCCAGCCCUGGGGAUGAAGUUCCACUCCAAAUUAUUGAUUCAUGUGAAGGACGUGGGCAGAAAAAUGCUACUUUUGCGGAUAGGAGUCGUAAAGCCUUUGGCCGCUCUGACAUGUUUGAAUCAAAUAACCGUGCUUCUGUGGAAUCGAAUAGUUCGGAGGGUAUGCCUAGAGGUCCAUUAUCCCAUAUCACUCCAGGUUUCUCUCUAUUUUCACAUAACAAUGAACAAACAAAGUUUAGCAGUGCCACCGUAGCUGUGGAGAAUGUGAACUUGUCAUUUCCUCCAAGGUCUGAUGAAGAUUCUUCCAGAGUGCAUGUGUUUUGUCUUGAGCAUGCCAUAGAAGUAGAACAACAGCUUCGUCCAAUAGGUGGAGUGCAAAUGUUGCUUGCUUGUCGUCCAGACUACCCUAAGAUAGAGGCUGAAGCAAGGUUAAUGGGCAAGGACAUGGGAAUUGAUUAUCUCUGGAAUAAUCUUGCAUUCAGGGAUGCCACUAAAGAGGACGAAGAGAGGAUCCAAUCAGCUCUGGAUAGUGAGGAAGCUAUACCAGGGAAUGGGGAUUGGGCUGUAAAACUGGGUAUCAAUCUAUUUUAUAGUGCCAACCUUAGCCGCUCUCCUCUAUAUAGUAAGCAAAUGCCAUAUAACUCUGUUAUAUACAAUGCAUUUGGCCGUAGUCCUCCAGCAUUCUCACCAAUAAAACCCGACGACCAAGGGAAGGGAUCUGGUAAACAGAAAAAAAUUGUGAUGGUAGGGAAAUGGUGCGGUAAAGUUUGGAUGUCCAAUCAGGUCCAUCCCCUUCUAGCAGAGAGAAAUAUUGAAGAGCAUGAACCAGACAGGACCUUCCCAGCUUUUGGGAAGCAUGAUGAGAAGCCUGAAAAAAGAUCAGAGAGUUCCCACAAAGCUGAAACUGUCAGCGUAAGGAGAAGGUCUGGAAGGAAGAGAAAGAGGACAGUGGAGAGGGGGUCGAUGAAGAAAGCUGGAAGUCCUGAAAAUGAAGAUCCAGUAAGAGCUUCUGAUGAUUCAGCAGAUGAUCAUUCGCAUCAGCAACCCCAGAGAAUUCUUAGAACCAAGCAAACAAAACAAGAAACUCCUCGGCUUAGGAACAGCAGUGAGAAGAAUACCAGAAAGCUUGAUUGUUCACAUGCUGAAGUGGAGUCGGAGGGUGGACCUAGCACCCGCCUGCGGAAAAGAAUCCCAAAGCCAUCCAAAGAUAUUGAAACCAAACCUGUAGUACAGAAGCAGUUAAAUAGGAAAAAGGCAAAGAAAGCUCCAGCCCCUAAGGCUCAAGCUGUGCACAAGGAUAAGGUUCCAGUCAGUCACAAGGACAAAGGUCCAGUUCACCACAAAGAUGCAAAGCGAAGGGAUGAGGAUGAAGAGUACCACUGUGACCUGGAGGGGUGCACCAUGAGUUUCAUUUCGAAACAGGAUCUCGUGUUGCAUAAAAGAAACAUCUGCCCGGUGAAGGGGUGUGGGAAGAAGUUCUUUUCGCACAAGUAUCUAGUGCAACAUCGGCGUGUUCAUGUAGAUGAUCGCCCCCUGAAGUGCCCGUGGAAGGGCUGCAAAAUGACCUUCAAGUGGGCAUGGGCUCGAACUGAACACAUUAGGGUUCACACUGGUGCCCGCCCUUAUGUUUGCAAUGAGGCAGGGUGUGGGCAGACAUUCAGAUUCGUGUCAGAUUUCAGCCGUCACAAGCGGAAGACCGGGCACUCAACGAAGAAGGGCAGGGGAUGAUCCACAGGAAACAUGGGAUGUAAUUAACAUUGCUGAUGAAAAAACUGUUGUUCAAUUGACAGAGAUAGAGCUAGGUCAAAAUUAGGGCUAGCUAGGAUUUCCCUGUAAUUUUUCUUCCAAUUGACAAUCAUAAUCUGAUUUGCCAUGGGCCUUGUUUAUUUGGGCCUUUCUGUUAAGUUCCACCAGAGCAAUUGCUUGGAUUUUGUAAGACUCCAUCCCCAGUGGUUGUCAGUUGUCACAUUCAAAUAUAGCCGUGAACUAGUGUUAAGACAGGCAGCUGCACCAAAAUGAACAUGUCAAAUGGAACUCUUACCAUUGUUU